UGGGUAACCUUCCCCAUAAAGAGAAAGAACACCCAAUAGUCUAUUUUUUCUGUCACGAUUCCCAUUUCACAACCCAAACCCCAAAUUUAUAAUCUUUUUCCAAACCCCAUUGUUUCCCCUAAAAAAAAUCCCCCCUAAUUCCGCUCAUUUGUCGUUUCUUUGAUUCUUGAAGCGGUCUACUCGGCGCGUGGCCGAUCUCCGUCAGCUCAUGGCGGCGGGGACAAUGGCGACGGCUGCCGGGGCGGCGUUGAUGCUGUUUUAUGUGCUGAGCCGGCGGCUGUCGCGGAAGGCGGAGGAGGACAGCGAGGAUCACGGAGGCGGCGGCGACGUGUCGAAAUCGAGCAGAUCGGUGCGCCGGAGAAGGCUUUCGAGGCGGCCGGCUCAGGCUCCGGCGACGCUGCUGGAGUCGAUCGGAACGCUGUCGGAGACUUUGAGGUUCACGUAUUCCGAGACCUUCGGGAAGUGGCCAAUCGGCGAUUUGGCCUUCGGAAUCAACUACUUCAUGCGCAAGCAGGGUAAUUUGGCAGUUGCAAGUGUCUAUGCUGGGAGUGAUUCUGUGCAGCUCAAAGGGGAUGGGAUAAUUGUGGAGCUGUACGAGUUGUUGAGGCUUUUGACUUUGUGUAUGCUUUUCUCUAAGAAGCCAUUUCCUGUGUUUUUAGAUUCUGCUGGGUUUUCCCUUGAUGAUGUGCUCAUUCAGAAACCGAAAGCUGGGCUUCUGAAGCCUGCAUUUACAAUUAUAUGUGAUACACAAUCAAAAUGUUUACUUCUACUGAUCCGGGGUACUCAUAGCAUAAAGGACACACUGACAGCUGCAACUGGUGCUGUAGUCCCUUUUCACCAUUCAGUUUUAAAUGAUGGUGGGAUUAGCAACUUGGUUUUGGGAUAUGCACAUUGUGGCAUGGUUGCUGCUGCUAGAUGGAUUGCAAAGCUUUGCACUCCUACCCUACUUAAGGCUCUUGAUGAAUUUCCAGACUUCAAAGUCAAGAUUGUUGGACACUCACUUGGUGGCGGUACUGCUGCACUAUUGACCUAUAUUCUUAGAGAGCAGAAAGAGUUCUCUUCAAGCACAUGUGUCACUUUUGCUCCAGCUGCUUGUAUGACAUGGGAGUUAGCAGAAUCAGGAAAACACUUUAUUACAACCAUUAUAAAUGGUUCUGAUUUGGUGCCAACAUUUUCAACUUCAUCCAUUGAUGAUCUCCGAUCUGAGGUCACUGCAUCCUCUUGGUUGAAUGAUUUACGGGAUCAGGUUGAACAUACGAAGGUCCUGAAUGUUGUCUACCGAUCUGCAACUGCACUUGGAUCUCGCUUACCAUCUAUUUCCAGUGCAAAAGCUAGGGUAGCUGGUGCUGGUGCUAUUCUAUGGCCAGUAACCAGUGGCACACAGGUUGUGAUGAGGCGUGCACAGAGUGUUGCUGAGGCUGUUGUCAGAACUCGGUCAUCACUGUCAUCAUGGUCUUGCAUGAGUGCACGCCGCAGAAAUGUGGGUCCAUCAGUAAACUCUAAAUCAGAGGAUUUAACCGAAGCAUCUCUAAUAUCUGCAAGGAACACAGAAUCUGUUAUGACUGAAGAGGUAGUAGUAGAACCUAUGCUUAAGGAUGAAAGUACAUCCUCAAGUGGAGGAUCUGGCCAUGAUGACACAGAUGAAGAAGAGCCUCUCAUUCCUGCUAAUCAAGACAUCACUGCAACAGCUGUUGACGAAUUAACAGAAGGCCAGUUAUGGUAUGAGCUAGAGAAGGAGCUUCAAAAGCAGGAUAAUGUUAUGAACAUUCAUGCUCAAGAAGAAGAGGCCGCAGCAGCAAAAGAGAUCACAGAAGAAGAGAGUCAACUUGUUGAUGCUGCUGCAGAAUGCAGUAGCAGUUCAAUCACUACAUCAGACAAUUUGGACAGCCAUCGAUUUUAUCCCCCUGGCAGGAUCAUGCAUAUUGUUCCUGUACCUUCAUCGGAUGAAUCAAAUUCAAAUUCUGAUGACCCUAUAGAAGAACAUGUCUGCUUAUAUGAAACUCCCAGAGAGCUGUACAGCAAGCUCAGACUUUCAAGAACCAUGAUAAAUGAUCAUUACAUGCCCAUGUAUAAGAAGAUGAUGGAACUAUUAAUACGAGAACUAGAGAAAGAUAGCAACUGUAAUAUCUUGAAUUAAAGGAAACAAAAUAGCAAUUGCAAAAUUGUUAGUGGACUGAGUACAUACAUAUUUCAGUUCUUUUUUUAUCCUUGCUGGCUACUGCCAUGCUGUAGAAAAUUUUGGUUGUAUGAAUUUGAUUCUUUUAUGGUAGGUACAUGUAUAAAAUGAGAAAUUAAAGAUGUAUUUAUUGUU